AUGCAACAUGAAUCUACGGCAGUUGAAACGGCCAAGAUGAAAACCGCCGAAGGGCCGUCAAAAUGGGAACGAAUUCGAAGCCACUUGAACAUGAGACCAGUUGAAGAUGACGAGCCACAGGCCUGGUGGAUUGCAUCCACGGCAAUCCCACUAGUAGCCGCUGCGACGGGACCACUGGCCAAUGUCAUGUCAGUUGUUGCACUGGUCCAGCCUUGGCGAAGUGAUAUCUUGUCGAAGACUAAAGGCCCUGCUGGAAAUUGGCUCCAAGAGGGAUAUCCGGACCCUCAUUGGAUCACUGCGCUCAAUGCAGUUUCACUAGUAUGCGGAAUUGUGGGAAAUGCUUUCCUUUUGUUCAAUUUCACUCAAAUUGUGCGCUAUAUCAUUGCACUGCCGGUGACUAUUAUUCUAUGGUUCCUGGCAACGGGAAUUCUAUGUGGAAUUACCAUAGCCAUGGAUGUCUAUGCUCCACCAGUUGGAGUAGACCGGGUCUUCUCCCAGGCAUACUGGAGCGCUGUGAUUGCCGCGUGUCUCUAUUUUGUUUUGAGCAUAAUCUUGAUGAUUAACAUGUUGGGCUAUUUCUUGGGCAAAUACCCGCAGCACUUCUCAUUGACCGACGAACAACGGACCUUGAUUUUACAGAUGACCGCCUUUGUGAUAUGGUUAUUGAUAGGCGCAGCCAUCUUCCAACGAGUGCUUGGGAUAUCUUUUGCGGAUGCAUUGUACUUCAGCGAUGUUACAGUCUUGACCUUAGGGUUUGGUGAUAUCACUGCUACAAGUGCUGUUGGCCGUGGUAUUAUUUGGCCAUAUGCAGUUAUCGGAAUCAUCAUUCUUGGUUUGGUCGUAGGGAGCAUUCACAAAUUUGCUCGCGAGGUCCAUUACGACAAUGUCAUUCAGAAGCAUAUCGAGCAAAAGCGGCAAUCGACCUUCGACCGAUCAAUAAGUUCUGCAGAACUCUGUGCUUCCAAGGGCAAGUCUUCAACUAGGGAUAUUGACCCUCCAUCGGUUGCUCUACAAAAGCCCAAGAGCUCUCAUCAUCACUCUCGGAGACCGUUACGCAACACCCUCAGUGCCAUUGCAGCAGGCCGUCGACCGAAGAUUACUAUCAUACGCGAAGAGAAAGACAGGUUCGACGCUAUGCGUCGUAUCCAACACGAUACCUUACGAUUCCGCCGAUGGAAUGAUUUGAUUAUCAGUCUCAUUGCUUUCGGGAUUGUGUGGUCAUGCGGAGCUAUCGUUUUCUGGCAGCUGGAAGCCUUGUCAUACUUUGACGCCCUUUACUUCUGCUUCGCCUCCCUCUUGACGAUUGGCUACGGCGACUUCACACCACAGUCGAACGCAGGCCGGCCAUUCUUUGUAAUGUGGUCGCUCAUCGCUAUACCAACAAUGACCAUGCUCAUCUCUCAAAUGAGCGAUACAAUCGUCGCUAGCUUCAAGCGUGCCACCAGCGCUGUGGCCGACUACGUUGUCCUACCUCAAUCGCAUCUCUACAAGUCAUUUCUCGGUCGAAUCCCAUGGGUCGCGAAUUACAUGAAUUCCCGUCAGGAGAAGAAAAGGUUAGAGCGCGGGUUUCCCCUCGAAGGCGCUAGUAAAGCGGAAGAAGGCGAAAGUUCCAACUCUGCGAGAGCGGGUCAAUUCAACAACAGUGGUGAUCUGGCUACAGCCCAUCCAUACAGAUCUCUUGAAGAACUCAUUCGUGAUCCCACCCCCCUCGAACUGGCCCAGCAACUUGCCUUCGCCAUCCGUCGUGCUACGAAGCAUGCACGGGAGGGUAAACACAAGCGGUACGGUUACGAGGAAUGGGUCGAGUUCACCCGUCUCAUCAAAUUCACGGACCCGCGAGCACGACCGCCGUCCCAAAGAGCGCAGCCAGAAGCCGCAGAUGACUCUAUUGAUCUCGACGAGGAUGAGUAUGGGUUGUUGAAUUGGGAUUGGAUUGGUGAGAAUAGUCCUAUGUUGGCGAAACAGACUGAGCCAGAGUGGGUUUUGGAUCGGCUAUGUGAAAGCCUGAUCCGAUAUGUGUCAACUCAAGAGGAUCGGGCUGCUGGGGCGGAGCUGGAAGAGCCGACUUUGAAGAAAGAGAGGGAUAUUGGGUUGGAUGAAUGA